AUCUAAAACAAAAGCACUUGUAAAAUUCAUGUGCACAUUUUGGCACAGUGACACCAAAGAAACGCCUCUAAUCCGCAGUCGCCGUCUUGCCUCCCUCAACCUGUAACCGCCGCUCGCCGACCGCCGUCCUCCGGGAAGUCCGGCCACCUCCUCCUACGGUUUGAAACUAAAGAACAACAUUUGGUUGGAGUGUCAUCUUGCGUUGCACGAUUAUUACCCUUCCCCUACCAAUUGUUCAAUUGUAUGCUCCAACCAUGGACAAUAUGAAGAAUGAUGAAGCCCAAGAUCAGAAGCAUGAUGAACUUGCUGAAUCACUUAAUGAUCUCUUCACCAGUAUUUCCACCAUGAUCAAAUCAGAGCUUCAGGGGACUAAUAAUCAUCUGGAGCUUCUGGAGAAGAUGAACCUGAGGGUGGCAGAAGAGUACAAAGGGUUUGGUGAUUUGGCUUCAGGGUUGAGGGUUUUUGUGGAGCAGUUGAAAUGCAAGAGUGGUAGCUUUAAUGAAUAUGUUGAGCAGAUUGAUGCCAUAGAGAAGCAAGUGACUGAGUUUGAAGCUGUGGUCUCUAUGCUUGAUAAAUAUGUGGCUUUGUUGGAAUCAAGAGUGCUAUCUGUGUACCAACACAAAACCCAUCUUCCGAAUUGAUAAUAAAUGUACAAGUUGAGAUAAUGUGUGGGACAAGAUGACAAUCUCCUAUCAUCUUUUGUUUUACUUAUUUUGCUAUCAAUGUUUGAGAUUCUCAAAUGAUCUCUCUUCCCUUCAGUAUUUGGAUUUACUACCUGAAAGAAAGCAUUAGAGAGAUUGACAAAGUGAAUUUCAUCAUUGUUUAGACUUCAGACUGAAUACAAUCACCAAUGUUUAUAUACAGAGAUACACUUCACAUUA